UACAUUGUUAUCAAGAAGUACUGUCAAAAUUGUGAAAUCGUCGUAAUCUAUGUACUUUAUUUUAGAAACUAAUGUUUGUGUAUAUUGCAAUCCAACAUUGGUUUUUAUAACUGUAUAGUCAACAUUUCACACAUAAUGGUAGAGGAGGUAGUUAAUUCUACUAAUAAGCCAAAGACUAAAACUACCCGACCACGUCCAGUUUAUUUGUGGAAUGUGUUGGAUGUACAAAAAUGGUUAAGGAGGCAUUGUAGCGAUUAUUACCAGUUAUAUCAUGAGAAAUUUUUAUAUCAUGAUGUCACAGGGAGAGUAUUGCUGAGAAUUAAUGAAAAUAUCUUAUUGAGACUGGGAAUCGAUAAUGAACAACACAGAAUGGACAUUUGGCGAGAAAUAAUGAAAUUGCAUCUUAAGACAGAUAUGUUAGAAAUUAAGGAUAUUGAACGACGCAAUAAUGUAAAUUUUGAUUAA